AUGGUCGCAGUUCCAUACAGCAAAGGCUGUCGCACAUGCAUACAGCGACGAGUCAAGUGUGAUGAGACACGACCAAAUUGCCGGCGUUGCGAGCUGCGAAGUAUUCAAUGUCCCGGUUAUCGGAAACCUUUGACUUUCGUUGUUAGCACUCCCUCCGAUUCCAGAAGGCCAGUAGGCCCUAAUCCUACGUAUCGUUCGGCGACCUCGUCCGCACAAUGCCAAAGGUCGAACACCUCUCAGUCGGUUCCGGAGCGCGGUGUAUGGUCUUAUAACAAUCUGGAUGAGUUGGUUGCGCCAAGUCUUAUACAAAAGACUGUGGCCGCGCAGGGGGUUGAAACCCUGGGAUUCUUCAUAGACGCUACGGUCCCCGGACUCUACUAUUUAUAUAGUGCUCGUUUGUCAGUCAAUUGGAUGAACUUCGCGCGUCGCCAUGUCGAGUCGACGCUGGACCCCUUCGUCUGGAGUCUCCGGUGUCUGGGUGCCCUUCACCUGGGCAUGAAACACCAGGACCAAGAUACGAUUGCCAGUAGUAGGUCCAUGUAUAGCCGUGGGAUUCAUGGCUUGCGUGGUUUGUUACGACGACCCCGAUUCGCCCGAUCAGACAUGACCCUCGCAAUUGCCGUCAUGCUCGGCAUCUACGAGAUGAUGGAUCCGAUCACACCACAGUCCUGGCUCACCCAUUCCAGUGGUAUUGCCACCCUAAUUCGCUUACGAGGACCAAAUGCUCACCGUAGUGGGUUUGGUCGUACUUUACUGAUUUCCUUCAAGUCCUUCAUAGUAGCUGACGCGCUCAUUCGAGGUGAAGCGUGUUUCUUAGCCGAGCCAGCAUGGCAAUCGGCGCUCGCCGACAGCCUCGUCAAGGAAAGUGGAAAUGGAAAGGGCAGCCAGCUCGUUAAUCUGGUCGAGCUCAUCUUUCUCGAGAUCGCUAAGUGUCCGGGUCUCUACGCUCGAGCCUGCGCAGUGAUCAAAAAUAAUGAAACAGAUCACUCCAUGCGCGAGACACUCAGACAGGAAACCAUGCGAUCUAGGAGACGGCUUCAGCACCUGAGAAACCAACUGGAGUCGGUGUUUCCAGUCACACUCGAUAGUGAGGUGCUGAGAAACAAACGAGACCUUAUUGCACUAAUUCCAGUUCCAGUAGCCCAGAAAACCAGGCAGUUUGCUGGUCAUGGCGCUCUGUCGGCUCUCGCACUUCUAGACCAGAUUAUCGCACUUACUCAGUCCGAUCAUCGCCAGCUAUCCACAAAUCCAACAAUACCUACAUUACCGGUGUGGGAUGUGCUGCCCGCCCCAGCGACUACUCCUCGUAUGACAAUUGGUAAGAAAGAGACUCUGGAGAAUCAACUUCCGGCAUGGCCGGAUCAACUGGCGCUGUCCAUGGGUAUGCUUGCUGUAAAGGACGAUUUGCAUGUAUGA